ACUAUACAACAUGGAUCGCGAACAGUUUAGAGCGGCUGCCCAUGCCGCAGUCGACCAGAUCGCCGACUACUUCGACAGCCUCCCCAACCAGCGCGUCGUCCCCACCGUCGAACCCGGGUACCUGCGUCCGCUCAUCCCCGAUCACCCCCCCACCGACCCCGAGGCCUGGUCGCAGAUUCAGGAUGAUAUUGAGACGAAGAUCAAGCCGGGCCUGACCCAUUGGCAGUCUCCGAACUUCAUGGCGUUCUUCCCCGCCCACGUCACCUACCCCAGCAUCCUGGGCGAGAUGUACUCCGCCGCGUUCACCGCUCCCGCCUUUAACUGGAUCUGCUCCCCGGCCUGCACCGAGCUGGAGACCAUUGUCAUGGACUGGGUCGCGCAGGCCCUGCAUCUGCCGCCCUGCUUCCUCAGCACCUCGGCGAACCACGGUGGCGGGGUCAUCCAGGUGAGCGCCAGCGACGCCGUCGCGACUGUCAUGAUCGCCGCACGGGAGCGUCGCGUGCGCGAGCAGGCCCGCGAGGAGGGCCUGCAGGAGGGCACCCUCGAGUACGAGGAUCGCGUGAUGGAGCUACGACCGCGCCUGGUCGCCCUGGCCAGCAACCAGGCCCACAGUAGUACGGCCAAGGGCGCCCUGCUCGCGGGCACGCGCUACCGCAGUGUGGCGGCCCGUCUGGAAGAUAACAUGGAGAUGACAGGCGAGCGCCUCCGGACCGUGCUGGAGCAGUGCGACCGCGACGGUCUCACGCCGUACUACAUCACCCUGAGCAUGGGCACCACUAAUUCGUGCGCCCUCGACCGGUACGCCGAGAUCAAGGCCGUCCUGCGGGAGAAGCCGGCUUGGCAGCGCAUCUGGGUGCAUAUCGAUGCCGCCUACGCGGGGGCCGCCCUCGUGGCGGACGAGUACCAGCACAUCGCGCAGGAGUUCGCCGAGGGAGUAGACAGCUUCAACUUCAAUAUGCACAAGUGGCUGCUGGUCAAUUUUGACGCGAGCUGCCUCUUCGUGCGCAACCGCCGCGACCUCACCGACGCGCUCGACAUCACGCCCGCCUACCUGCGCAACCCCUACUCCGAGUCCGGGGCGGUGAUCGACUACCGCAACUGGUCGAUCUCGCUGGGACGACGGUUCCGCGCGCUGAAGAUCUGGUUCGUGAUGCGCACCUACGGACUGAACGGGAUGAAGGACUUCAUCCGACGCACGGUGCGCAUCGGCGAUGGCUUCGCCGACCUGGUGCGCAGCCGGCCGGACAUCUUCGAGAUUGUCACGACGCCUGCGUUCUGUCUGACCGUGUUCCGCAUGAAGGCCGGAACUCCAUCGGAUCAGGCGGCCUCGCGGGACGGAUCGGUCCAACCGGACGAGGCGAGCAAUGCUCUCACCAAGACGGUCUACGAGCUGGUGAAUGCGCGCGGGGAGAUCUUUAUCACGUCGACUGUGAUGGCGGGGGUGUAUGCCAUUCGCGUGGUCAGCGCGAAUGAGCGCACGGACGAGAAGUAUCUGCGUCGGGCGUUUGACAUUUUGGUUAGCACUUAUGACGAGGUGCGGCAGAAGUAGAUGGCCAACGGCGCGUCCGCUAGCGGUAGAUUCACAUAUAACUGUUUCCAUAUCA